AUGAUCCCCGACGGCGAUGGUGGUGGCGACGACGACGACGAUGACGAUGACGAUGACGACGGCAAGUGGUAUGCCGUGUUCAUUGGUGAGGUUCCAGGGGUUUAUAGUUCAUGGGAAGAAGCCAAUGCACAAGUGGCAUCGUAUAGCAACAACAACUAUAGAGGGUUCAAGACUAAGCAGGCAGCAGAACAAGCUUACUCCGCCUGGGUGCGAAAGCACGGAGGCAGCAGUGUCGACAGUGCCAAGGUUGGAGCUGUCAAAGUGAAAGCUGCUAAGGUGGAUCGUCAGUUCGGCCUGAAGCUGAAGAACUUCAUCAUCUUCGCCCAGUUCGUCACCAUUGCUGUGUUGUGGCGUUGGUGUGCUAGGUGUGAUCAUUGUGGGUAA